AUGGAGGAAACAUACAAUAAAAUGAUGUGGGUGAACCGAAUUAGAUCCCAGUCCUAUGUCCCGGGCGGAGUUGAUGACCUGCUGGAUGAUGGAGAUGAUCAAGAUCUACCCUUCCACCCUGAUGACUAUGAGCCCAUCGCGGACAAUGGGGUGUCGACUACAAAGGAAGGCAAGACCCUGAGGGAAUACGUGUCCCGCUUCCAAAAGGAGCAGCUUAAGGUCGCGCAUUGCUUUGACGAUUCGACCAUGUGCUACUUCCUCACCAGCCUGGCCAACGAGACUCUAACAGUCCAACUAAGUGAAGAAGCACCGUCAACCUUUGCUGACGUCUUACAAAAAGCCAAGAAGGUCAUAGAUGGGCAAGAAUUGCUCAAACCCAAGCUGGGUCGGACAGACAAGAGAUCCGACCAGAAAAAGUCAGGUAACCAAGAGAAGGGGAAGUCUGAUUCCAAAUUGGAAAAGCUUCUCAAGCGGCCUAAUAAGCUUAGAGGAGACUCCGAAAGAUGCAACAAGGACAUGUAUUGCCAUUUUCAUCUUGAUCACGGCCUACUAGAGUUGAAGCGCCAGAUUGAAGACUUGAUUCAAGAUGGCUACUUCAAAAAAUAUGUUGGUAAGCCAGGCUCAAGCUCGACGGAAAAGAAAGAGGAGAAGAAACAUUCAAGGACGCCACCUCGAAGGGAUGACCGACCUGCGAUCAUCAACAUCAUCUUCGGCGGCCCAAGUGAGGGCACGUUCGGAAAUAAGAGGAAGAAGCUCGUUAGGGAAGGUCGGCGUGAGGUUUGCACUGUUCAGGAGCAGAAGCCGACCUGCCAUAUCUACUUCUCAGCUUCAGACCUGGAAGGGGUUCACGUACCCCACAAUGAUGCCUUGGUGAUUUCACCGCUCAUCAACCAUGUCCAGGUCAGAAGGGUGCUAAUGGAUGGGGGUGUUUUGGCCAAUAUCCUAUCCUUCACCACCUACCUAGUGCUUGGAUGGACCAGAUCGCAGCAGAAGAAAAGUCCAACACCCUUAGUUAGAUUUGCCGGGGAAUCCGUCACACACGAAGGCUGCAUCGACCUCCUUAUCACAAUCGGCCAAGGUGAUACCCAAGUCACCUAG